CUAAUCACGAGUAUUUUAGCUUUCACAAACACAGCGUUUUAUUCCCGCUGCUACGAAGAAACAGAUAUUUUGCGUCAGGCAAGGCACCCCUUCCUCCGUGCAAAAACAUCAUCAACCGAGGGAGGCGUGGAGGUACUCGCCUUGUGUCUCGCGACGACCGGCGUCAGGAGAGAUCCGCACGAGAUUAUUGUCAAGCUCGUUGCGGGAAACGACGCUUUCAAGUUUCGUUUGGAAACAACAGCCUGCUCGUUCAUGGCGGAAACGUCUGAGUGCCGCAAGCACUUAGUCGCCAUUCUCCUGCACUGCAACAGGACGGCAAUCCUUGCUCUGGACGACCUGAGCUGCACUGAUAGGAAUUACUCGUGGAGAAAGACGCCUGGAAAGGCACUUUACGGAGAGUCUGUGCCCGUGAAGGAAUUUUGCCACGUGAGAAUGCUGCCAGCCUCCCUGAAAUGUUCCCCUCAAGAGCAGGGGUAG